AUGGACUCGACUCGGGGAUCUACGCAAUGCGGGGCAGCAUUUGUGGAGGUGAGCACCGUAGCCGGCGCGGACGCCGCGCCAGACGCGCCCCAACAACAAGGUGAGGGGUGCCGUACGCCGCCGCACGUGCACUGUGGCCUGCCGCGGCUGUGCACCGAGUCUGUGAGCACGGUGACCUCUCUCGCCUCACUGGGGGACGAUGUGCCGGCGUCGGUCGCGGCCAAACCGACGCUCCUGAAUUCCAGCCCGUUGCCGCUGGCCAAAGUGCACCCAGCUACUGAAAGCACGUCAUCCAUGCCGUCGAGCUGUGGUGCCACCACGGAGACGGAAAACCGCUUCGGUGACCUUCAGAGCCACGCUGUGGCGACCGCAGUUGUGCCACCGGUCUUGAAGUCCUCGUCCUCCCUGCCCUCGUCGCUCCCCUCUGCCUCUGCCAUCGCCGCCGUCGGCAGCGCUCGACGCCUGACUCCAGGCAGCACCUCCUCCACGGACGGCGCAUGGACGCGGUCGCGCAACGUAGACGGGCCGCGAACGAUGUCUCUUCGGCUUUCCAUGACCUCCCCCCGCACCCUCCACGGGUCGGCGUCUCUCCCCACCCCUGGUGAGGAGAGCGCGCCGCUCGCGGAGAUGAGCAGUCACGCGGAGUCAAGCAGGAGCACGCCCUCGGUGCCGCUUCUGUGCUGUGGCCUACCACACACCCACGCGAGCGAGGAGGAGCGGCGAGCGUCGUCGGCGGAAACCUUCUUGACCCGGGUACCGCUACCGCAAGAGGACAUGACAGCUUCCUCAUCGCAGCCCUCGUCGCCUACCGCGGCGAACCGCACGGUAGUGCCAUGCUCGGUGAUGCACACAUGCAGCGAUGCUGCGGAGGCGCAAAGGGCUGCUUCACCCACGGUGCUCCCCAGUGGAAGCCCCACCGGCUUUGUCACUACGACGGCGAUGCGAUCUACACCGCAGGGGCGCAGUCGUUCGUUCGACAUGCCGUUUCCUUUUGCCAGUGGCGUGAGUGGCGGCAGCUGCGAUGACUUAUCAAGGUGCUACGCAAAGCGACGCGAGCUGUCCACCAUCACCGCUAGUAUUCGGACAAGUGAGCACUUCAACGAGCGCCUCGGCGACACGCACCGCCCGCCGCCGUUCAUGUACCCGUCGGAGUCCACGGCAACCUUGUCGACGCUGAGAGCGUCAGUGGUAGGCGUAACCGUCCCCGCCACGGCACAUUCCAACAACAACAGCGGCGGCGGCAUUGCCACUUUCAGCAGCAACACAAGCACAAACGGAGCGGAUGCCGAGGCACAAGUAGGCACGGGCACUGGACUGCGACGCACCAUAUCCUGCGAUACCCUGGCUUCGGUCAGCUCCUCGCGCUCCAGGCCGGUGCUCACGCCCGCCGCGCUGGGCCCGCCGGAGGCGUCUGGCGCCGCGUCUGGUACAGCGUCCACCACCACCACGAGUGUAACGUACACGCGCAGAAAUGUCUGCCUCGGGGCGUUGGACUUCUACGGCAACCCGGUCACGUCUCUCUCCUCGCUGCUCGUGCAGAUGUCGCUGCGGUCUGGCGACCACGAGGAAGCAGACCCGCUUGAGACGCGUCUUGCCGCGGCUUCUCCUUACCCGCUAACUCAGCAGCAGCAGCAGCAGCGAAACACGCUAUCCAUGCAAAACUUAAUGGCACAUACGCAGCAAGUGGGACAGAUGGCGCCGGAGGACAAGGUGAAGCGGUUCCACGCGAAGCCGGACAGCGGCGGUAUCGCCAUGUGCAGGACAACGGGUACCACGAUACCGCGGCGGCGCCGCCCCUGCGCCAAGCCCUGCUCCACAACAGCGGCAGCGUCAUCCUCAGCUGCACCGCUGGCCGGAACCACCGCCGCGGCUUCUGCACAGCCGCAGGUCGGCUCACUGAAGGACGUGUUGCAGGAUUGCAAUUUUCUUUCCCUCAAGGACGUGCUGAGCGCCAUCGCGGACACGCACGUGCACGAGCUGCGCGAGGCGCAGCAGCGGUUGAGCAACACGCACGCUGGCGCCAGCGAUGGUAAAAAUGUUGACGGUCGCAUAGCCUCCACGGCACCCGCGUCGGUGGUCGUGAACGCGCUGUCUACAUGCGUGGCCUCGGUGUCAUCAAAGGCGGAAGAGCCUUCCGCGGCUGCAGCCAGAUUCCCUGGAGGCAUUCAGCCGACUGUGACGUGCCAUCUCGGUGGGGCGGGGUCGGAAUGGGCAUGCACUUCCAGCGCCCGCGAAGGCGAUAGUGGCUUAUGCCUGAGCACGAGCGCCAGCACUGACGCGACGUGCAUCCCAGCCCUGCACCCCUCAGUUAACUCGCUUGACGCACAGCAGGUCUUGACGCUUGCGGCGGCCAUUACGGAGGCCUCACUGAACCUCGACCGCAGCGCUGAGGCUUCUUUUGCCGGCUCGACCACAGCGGCCGCCGUCAGCGUGUCAUUCCCAACCUUGCUCGGCGAGACUGUACCCGAUGGUAGUGCGGCGUCGCCUCCGUCCGCUAUGGCCACGCAGAUGAGCCUGCAGUCGGUCGCCCCAUCGGCCUCUCUUAUCUCAUCGACCCAUGCAGAUGCAAGCCGCGGAGUUGCCGCCGCUUCGGCGGCGUCCACCGGCGGCGUCUCCGAGGCUCUUGAUUACGGAAGCGAUCCACUGGAACGCAAAGUGCUGCUGCUGCAGCCUUCGAGCGACGACGUGGAUGACGUUGUGCGGAGUGGAAUGUGGGAGUGCCCAGGGGACCGCAGCGUGAUCGCGCCGUCUCCUCGGACGCUGAAGGCAACUGCAGCGGCGUCUCCCGUGACAGUCGCCUCACCGGCACAAAACCGAUUUGCUGCGACAGGCUCGCCGUCCGAUCGCCAGCGCGGAGGACGGUACGUUGCCAACUGGCACGGUCUAUCAUCGGGUGAGGAGGCACCAGGCAAGACAACGACGCCGCGCACCGUCAUCGCCGUUGCUGCGAAGCCUCCGCCGAUGCUGCUGCGGCAGGCAGAGACUAUGGCGAGCGCAGACCGCAGCAUGUGUGCCAGCAGUCGUGCGGGCAAACAGGAGGACGCUGGAGUAUCGACCGCAACUUGCGACAGGGCCCCGGUAACAAGGCCCAGCAUCACUGCCGGAGACACUUCGGCGAGCGUCGGCGAUGUUCGUGUGGUGGUCGAGUCCAUCUCCUUUUGCUCCUUCGACGACGAGCUCAACACCGUGUCGCAGCUGCGACAGUGGGCUCGAAGCAUUGCGCGGCUGGAGCACCUGCAGCCGAGCACCGAAACCGAAGUCAUCACAUAG